AUGCAGUCUCUUUGUUAUGAUAUCAAUUCGGGUAGUUGGCAAACAUCUGCUUUACCGUUUUCCAACUGGAGUGGUGUUUCUCUUAGAUCUCGUGGUUCAUUGUUUCGUGACGCUCCAAUUGUCUCAAGAUGCAAUAGCCUGUUUUUUCCUCAACUUAAACCAUUACCAAGUGCUGAAUAUACACACUGGAUGAAAGGAACGGUUGUAAUGUCAUGUAUCUGGGUAAAUGUGUUCGGACACAUAUUUCUUGAAAUGAUGCUUCCUGCAUGGAUGGCGACAAGGAGUUUAGCAGACCACUUUACAGCUUUCGAUAUGAAUGUCGCAUAUAUAUUAGACAAUCGAUGUAAUGCUUCACUCGCUGGUCCAUCGUUUUCAUUAUUGUCUCAUCAGCCUGUAUUACAACUACAAGACCUAAUAUAUGAGCACAAGAAACACCGAAAAUCUCAUCUUUGUUUCGAGAAAUUAAUAGUUGGAUAUCGACUUCAGUCAUCACUCGAAUAUGCACAUAACGUUGCUCAUCUAAAAGACAACGACUUAUCUCGUUAUCGUGAUGCGGUGAAGACGCUUCAUAAAAUACCACGACAAGUUAAUAUGUCACCCGGUGUAUGCAUUGCUCUUGUUCUACAACGCCGUGAAAAUAGGAAAAUAGUGCCUGACAGUGAAAAAAAAAUCGUCAAAAUGCUGCGUGAACGUACGCUGUGCGCUGUGAAGAUUGUCAUAUUCGACAACAUGCCUAUUUUAGAACAAGUGCGGCUUGUUGCUAGUGCAUCAAUAUUUGUGCAUGUAAGUGGUUCUGGUUCCCAUCAUUUUAUAUGGCUAGCAGAUGGUGCAGCGUCAUUAACGAUCGUUCAUCCUUUUCUAGGACUGAAUGUUAUUGGUCACGGUGGAAUAGGAGGAGGAGGAUUGGCGCUAAAUGAUUUCCUGUGCUGGAAACAUUCAAGGAUACUCUGUGUCACUGCUGGAGCUACUACGACUAAUACCAAUGCGGUAGGUAAUCUUAUCGUGGACACUUAUUCGUUUUCGAAUGCACUCGACAUGAUCAAACUGUGGCAAUAUCGUGGAGUAUUCGAUCCACGAGAUCCAUCCGACUAG